UUUGUCCUUCAUCCCUUUUGUCCCCAGAGCUCCUCUUCGGUCAAGCCCGGGCUCAGCCCCGACAGGUCAACGGUGUCUUGGGGGGGUCUGUUCUUCUCUCCCCGCUCCUGCCCCCCAACAAGACGGUGAAGGAGAUCGAGUGGAGCUUCUCGGCCGGCGCCGGGGCCACCAUCCAAGUGGCGGAGUUUGGCCCCGGUGGCUUCGAACGCCCCGACCCCAAGGACCGGUUCAAGGACCGGCUGGAGAUGCUCAACGCCACCGCCCUGAGGAUCGGGGCCCUGGAGAGGGGGGACAGCGGGGUCUACGGGGCGCGCAUCAAACUGGUCCCGGCGCUGGUGGAGGAUCAGGCCUUCAACCUCUCCGUCUACGAGUCGGUCCCGAGCCCCCGGACCCGUAGCCAAGUCUUGGCCAGCACCUUGGAGUGGUGCAACCUCACCCUUCAGUGCCAGGGUUCGGGCAAAGGGGCCGUCAACGUCACUUGGCAAAGGGACAACGUCCUCCGGGACCUCACCUCGGACCGUCACCAACUGUCCCCCGACGGGACCACCCUGAGGGUGGCCCUGCCACCCACCGCCGCCAACGUCACCUACGCCUGCACCGUCAGCAACCCCGCCGACCGCAAGGUCGCCCUCUUCGACCUCCAAACCAUCUGCCAGAGCGGAGGGGGACAAACAGCCUUCUCCAAAUCGGGGUACAUCGUCCUCACCCUCAUCCUGCUGGCGGUGAGUUUGGGGGGAGCCUUUUGGUGCUGGAGGAUGAACAGCGAGAAGGCGGCAGAUCCGGGUAAGUGA